AUGCCGAAAUCCACUGGUAAAGCCCAUCAAAUGUUUCCCCAUCUCUCACGGAGUAAGCCCAGAUCGCCUCUCGAGGAACCAGCUUCCGAGACUAGCUCAAAACGUGAUGCAAAGCAUGGGUUGUUCGUCCUGGUGGAUAAACCUCCAGAACAGGGUGAUGGUAUCGAUAUUGUAGCGGUACACGGCCUAAACGGGCAUUACAGCAAGAUAUGGACCGCAGAACCUCCUAAUCCAGAUCGGCGUAGGAACUGGCUCCAAGAAGAUCUUCCCCAGACGGUUCCGAGUGCGCGAAUCAUGUCUUUCGGCUACGACUCUGCUGUGUUCAGCAAGUCCGUCGCUGACAUUGGCGACUUCGCUGAGCUGCUCCUUCAAGAGCUGCUGGCUAAGCGAGGUCAACCAGGAGAGCAAACUCGGCCGCUUCUCUUCCUCUGCCAUAGCCUUGGUGGGAUUGUUCUCAAGAAGGUACCGUAUAAUUUUGUGCAAGUAACCUUUUUGACAUGUUGUAGCAUUUGCAUGAUGCUGAUUAUGCUUUCGCUGUAUGCUUUAGUCCGUGCUAACGAGCGUAACUUCUAUAAAGAGAUCCUUAGCUGCGUUCAGGGGGUCGCUUUCCUCGGCACUCCUCAUCAGGGGUCGGAAGCUGCAAACUGGGCUCAGAUCUUAGCUAACAUGCUCGACGUCAUGUCUUUCAAUUCGAACAUGAAUACAGCGCUUCUAGAGAACCUACAAGAACAGUCCGAUGUGUUGUUUAAGAUUUCCGAGUCCUUCGUAGAUCGGUGCGACAAGCUUCAGAUCGUGAGCUUCUACGAAACUCGCGAACUUUCUGGAACAAAUGUUGUAGUCGUGCCGAAGAAAUCGGCUUUGCUGCUCAGAUCAAACGAGACUCCUGUCCCUCUGAAUGCGGACCAUCGGUCUUUAUGUAGAUUCCCAAAUACGGAAGAGGAUCAAGGAAGAUUAGAACUGGUUCUAAGCAACCUCAAAUACUUAGGCAACGAAAUGGUUUCUAAAGAUGAGAAGAAGGUGAUGCUACGCUUAUCCAUUGCAGAGAAAAACAUGGCUUUGCAACAACUAUACCCUGGGGACUAUGAGUCUUUCAAAGAUUUUAACGUCACUCGGACUCCAGGGACUUGUGAGUGGUUACUGAAGCAUAAUCAAUACGAAGAAUGGAGGCACGGGCGCCGACAAUACGUUUCUCUGGGCGACGCUGCUGCGGGACAGGCCUUGACGAUAGAGGAGAUGGGCGUUAUCCUAGCCGUGAAGCGGUCCCAUAGGACUUUGGAGGACGUCGAAGCGGACAUACAGCAUCCCCAAGAGGACUACAUCAAAGCCCUGUGCGGCCAUUUCGUCAGGUUCAUCGACGGCAAGAUAUAUUAUGUCCACCAGACAGCUAGAAAGUUUCUUCUUUCGCGAGCGAGCGAAAACAGCGUCACGGGAGAUACAUGGCAGCACACGAUAACCCUGGCCGAGUCCAACAAAGCUUUAUUCCAGACCUGCGCCACAUAUAUGAUCUGUGGGGACAGAAGCGGUUGGGAUGCGGCGCCUCGAAAACGAGAAGCCGAGCAUGUCUACGAAAGUUGUAACGACGCUGAGACGAUACCGCCCCAGAACUCCCCCAGGCCGUCGUUCAAAAGGUCUGUGUACCGGAAGGUUUUCCAACAAUUCGUAUAUAAUGACCACAAGCCACUCUUCCCGCCCGGGGAGUAG